AAUUCUAUGCAACAUUUUACAGACAGUGGCUGUCUAUUGAAAGAUUGCAAAAUUUUCAGACUUAUUUAUUUACUUGGGAUUACUAAGUGACUGCAAUAUUUCUAAAUUUUGUAAUAAUUUACUGGUAAUUAUGAUAUAAUUGCAGACAAAGGAAUUCGUAACUUAUUCUUGAUAGGAGCAAAAUACAGAAUUCCUUUUUAAAAUUGACUUUAAUUAUUGUCGUAGUCAGAUAUAUUGAGGAAUCGAUUGAGGAAUUUUCGUGAAAAUGCGGUACAUUACAUUAUUUCUGUGUUUGGCAGUAGUUAUAUGGUACCCUGAGAACUCACUUGCGCAGCGUGUUAAUGGCGUAUGUACAGUAAACGGAACUGUUGCUGAUUGCAGUCAUUCAAAGCUUACAAAUAUCCCAAGUUCUCUGCCAGCAAACAUAACUUGUUUAAAUAUGCUUGGUAACAGUUUAUCGAAUAUCACCGGAAGACCAUGGCAAAGAUAUAAGCAUUUAAAGAAACUGUCGCUCGCUAGAAACAGAAUAACUGCACUACAUAAAGGGAAUUUUGAUGGCCUUCAAAAGUUAGAGAUGCUUGAUUUAAGUUUAAACUUAAUUCGAUACACAAGCAUUCAUAAGGAUGUUUUUAAACCGCUACGGUCACUUGUCUUUUUAGAUAUUAAGCAGAAUUUGUCUGGUAUUUCGGUAAGUGAAUACUAUCCUGAAGGACUGAAGAAUCUUAUUCAUCUCAAAACUUUGGUUAUUGAUGGACUUGGUACACAAGCGUUGCCUCAUUUACCGAAUUUGAUCGAACUAUACAUGUCGGGGGAAUAUGGAAGAUGUUAUAUUCCUCAUAUCAAUGGAAACUUUUUUGAAAAUAUAACGACUGUUCAAAACAUAUUUCUGUCAAAUUGCUCAAUCAAAAAGGUUGAUUUCAACAGUUUUAUGGCAUUGCAUAAUAUUACUUCUCUUGAUAUGUCAGAUAAUAUAAAUCUUGGCAUGGAAUCUUUACCAAACAUCACAAGCGGACUUGCAAGGAAACAGAGACUUAAGCGUUUGAACUUGAAUGACCUCUACGACCAUUCUCAAUUUGAUUUCUGUUCUUCGCUCAAUUAUGAUGAUGUUAAAUAUUUAUCGAAUUCUUCUAUAGAAAUGGUAACAAUUGAAAACAACAAUAUUGUCCGCAUGGAUGUCAAGUCAGUGGAACAUUGGCCCAAAUCUAUCAAAUAUAUCUCUAUUCAGCACAAUAUGUUCCUUUAUGGUAACUACACACCAUUUUUGAUUUUAACCGAUGUAUUGAAUAGAACAGUGUACCUUGAUGCAAGUCGUAUGGCAGCAGCUAAUCGUCCUAUUUAUAGUAGUGAGGAUGCUAUGAAAAUGGUGUUACUAAAAUCUAACAUGCAACAACAUGGUACCGAAUCUGUAUGCAGGUUAAUGUUUACUCGAUAUCAAGUUGGAGAUUAUUUUCAAUUUAUUGAAAAUAGACUAAAACAAAAUGAUAUUAACACGGAUACAUCUAAAAACCUUGAACCUAAACUUGAAUAUCUUGAUUUAUCUGAAAAUCUUCCGGUAUUGAUAGAAAGGAUAUUCGAAAUAUUUCCUCACAUUCCGAAUUUGAAAGUCCUAAAUGUGUCUAGAAAUUACCUCGGUUAUCCACUUUACGAUGGGCCUAGCAUAAUUGGACAACUGAAGCAUCUACGCACUUUAGAUCUAAGUGACAAUAAAAUUAUACGCUUAUCGCCGAAUAUAUUCAAUAAUCUUACAAAACUUGAAAAAUUAUAUUUGUCACACAAUAAAAUUAGCAAUAUUACGUUUGAUUUAAGCCAUUCUAAAAACUUACAUUAUAUUGAUCUUGGGUACAAUAAUCUAGAAUCAAUCAAUCAAGCAACGAGAGACACUCUCGAUAAUAUUUCAAAAAAUCACAAAUUGAAUCAUGUACAUGUUAACAUAGCGAAUAACAGUUUGAAAUGCACUUGUGAAAAUUUAUUGUUUUAUAGUUGGGUAAAAAAAAAUACAACAUAUAUUGUAAACAAAGAUAACACGAAUUGUACAUUUAAAAAUUCUACAUCAGUGUCACUAUCAACACUUAUAAAAAAUUAUGAUCACUUUGAACGAGAGUGUUCAAAUUAUCUAGUAAUUAUUCUGGUUACAAGUAUUGCUUUUAUUUUUAUAAUAGUCAUCAUAACAAGUGCGUUGAUGUACAGGUUUCGCUGGAAUCUUCGGUACAUGUAUUACAUGACAAAAUUAAAAUUGUUGGCUAACUAUCAACGGCUUAAUGAUACAGAAUACGAGAAAGAAGUGUUCGUGUCAUACGCGGAUGAAGACAGAAGAUUCGUCGCAGAGAAGGUUCGGCUUGAGUUGGAGGAAAGGGGUGAAAUAUCUUUGUUGAUUCAUGACAGAGAUUUCCGAGCAGGUGCGUUCGUGCAGGAUAACAUAUUGCGAGCAAUAUCAUGCACAAGGAGAACACUUGUUAUUCUUACGAAACAAUUUUUAAAAAGUAAAUGGUGUAUGUAUGAAUUUAAUAUGGCACGUAUGGAAGCAGCAGACACUGGAAGAAAUGUUUUAUGUUUUAUACUUAAAGAGGAUAUUCCCACAACUGAAUUACCAGUGGAAAUGAUAGAUGCUUUAAAGAAGAUUACAUACAUAGAGUAUCCGACUGCAGACGACGACUUGUCGCAGUUUUGGGACAGAUUGAGGGCUACAUUAAAACACGAAACUUAACAUUGAUUAUAUUACAGAAACAAAAUCUUUUGAAUUUGGUGCAUUUUAAUUACAUAACAUGUAAUAGUAUCGAUAUCAUUAUGUAUCGCGUUCACAGUAUCUAGUUCAUUCAUAGUGUGGUAAAAAUUAUUUUAUGUAACAAUUAUAGGUUGUUAUAUGUUGAACUGUAUAAUAGGGAAAAAGACUUGGAUUUGGACGAGUACAUAGCUAAAGAAAUCGUAUUGGACGAGCCGGAUCACUGUGAAUAUCACAUAAACCAGGUCCAUAAAUAAAUGUAUAAUAUUCAAAAGCAGCUAUGGCAUGUAAAAAAUAAGUAUAGAAUGGAUAAUACCAAGUUAUAUAUUACGUUGUACGUUCCAUCGGGAUUGCACGUAACGUACAAAAUGUGCUUAUUUUCAUGUAUUAAUUAGUAAUGAAUAUUUAAUAAUAGGCUUUAAAACAUGUAUAUAUUACGCCGACUAAUAAAUACUAAUCAUUCAUUGGAUGUUUUGACGUCACGAGGCGGCUUAAUGUUAUCCUAUAUUAGGACUCCAGAUUAUAUUUGGCAAGAGGAACAUUCAGAGUCGUCUAUCCGACAACGUACACAGAGUUGGCCCUCAUUAUUACUAAAUUAUGACGAGGAAGGUAGAGUGAUCGUAAUAUAAUCGUUACCGGAUUAGUUACUCAUCCGAUACAGGUUAUACGGCUCUAUAGAAUACUUUUUCGGAUCAAAAUUGGAGCGGCCCCGGGGGUGACUUGAUAAAUGAAGACUUUAUAUAGGAAAACACAUUUAACUCUAAUUAUGUGAAACUACAAUGCCCAGAGCAUUGAUAUUUGACAUGUGACAUUGCCUUGUGAACCUCUACAAAAUUGGUAGUAAUCAUACCAAUUGAGUCAAUAUUGGCAUUGUCCCGGGUCAUUUGAUUUAUAUGUCUUAUAUUGGGACAUAAAUUUAAGUCUUAUUGCGAGAAUGCAAUGCCCAUGCAGAACUUAGAUAUUUGGCUUGUGGCAUUGCCUUGUGGAAAUAAAACUGAUAUAAAUUAUGUCAUUAGGGUAGAUUUAUAAUAUUGUUAAGAAAUCAAAAACUAUAUGUAUGUGUAUAUGUAUGUUUUUCUUUCAUUAACUUUUUAAUUUUUGUGAUUUAUCACACACUCGUUUCGCUUUUGUGACACUGUAAAAACGGCAUAUACAUUUUGACGUGGCUUCAAUUGCGUUAUACGAGUACAAACAUAGCGUAGAACGCUCUAAAUAUUAUCGUCUCACAAGAUGCGCAUCAAUGAAAAGGCGAUUCCUUUUCGCAGUUCUUUAUUUUGGAAGUAUGUGAUAAUUAAAAUAUUAUAUUCGUAUACAUGUACAUUCGAUACUAAAUUUAUUGAACUCGUUGGAAAUAAACAAUAUUAUGUUCGCCAGAGGCUCGCAUAAUAUACGUGUAGUUUUGACAACUCGUUAAAUAAAUGUAGAAUUGAACCCACACUUAUUAACCAAUAAGUAAGAUUGAAUGUUUAUCUACUUAGAAUGUCCAUUCAUUCAGUAUGUAGCACUGCUAAUCCUCUUAUAUUUUAGUUAUUUUGUUAAAUAAAUACUGUAAAUUUCUUGGAGGGAGCCAUUUUGGUUGUAAUUGUUGUUAACUGUCACAGAAACAUUGAUUCUGUGAUAUUUACUAAGAAAAGAUUUUAGGGACACAUCUAAGAACCAACAUGUUUUCAAAUAUUUCUAUAUUUGAUUAUGAUUAUCAUGCUGUUGUUAUUCUGAUACAACUAGAAUUUUUAACAAUUAAAUUCUGGCGUCUGCAAACCGCUACAUUUCGGAUAUUUUUUCCAUGAUUGUGAUGAAAAUACUCGUGUACUUAUUAUUUGUAUUGUAUAUAAAAACAUUUGUUGUGUCAGUGAAAUAAUCACACAAGAUAUUUUAGCACUGAUUAAAUGCAUGUUUUGUUUGUUAAUCUUGAUCUGUAAUAAAGUCUGAUUGAA